UACAUAACCUCCGCCCUCUCGCGAUACUAGACCCUUCCAUUUUCGUGAAUUCACAUAGGUCCUAAAUAGUUGCAUCUUAGGGAAAUUUUCUUUGCACGAAUAGUUGGGCACUUGUUAUCCUCUGCCAGCACACCAUACACCUGUCCUGGACCUAGCCACACUUAUUGUUGGACUGGACCGGCAUUUCAACUCAGCGUUGCCUCUUCCAUUAGAGCGAGCGAUUGACCCACUACUUCAUCUAUCAAUUGCGAUCGAGAAGCACUCCGACCCAAUUGUCUAUUGAUUUGUCGCCCAACACGGCGUCCCGAACCGCGCGUCAACCGCCUCCCGUCUCUUCGUGCUGACGCUUGAGAGACGCCCUGGAUUGUGCCAUUUUGCGAUCGAAUCCGAUCCGCCCUUAACCAUGGCGCAAAACCGCCCGACAGCGGCUUUCAAUACUCUCCGGAUGGGAGAGGUCAUCCGCGAAAAGGUACAGGAUGGAGUGACUGGUGAGACAAGAGAUCUGCAAUACACGCAGUGCAAAAUCGUCGGAAACGGCUCUUUUGGUGUCGUCUUCCAGACGAAGCUUUCGCCGUCGGGUGAAGAUGCUGCCAUCAAACGUGUUCUUCAAGACAAGAGGUUCAAGAAUCGUGAGCUCCAAAUUAUGCGUAUCGUUCGACAUCCCAAUAUCGUGCAGUUAAAAGCCUUUUAUUAUUCCAAUGGAGACCGUAAAGACGAAGUGUACCUAAAUUUGGUACAGGAAUUUGUACCUGAGACUGUCUACCGAGCCUCGCGCUUCUUCAACAAGAUGAAGUCGACUAUGCCGACUCUGGAAGUCAAACUCUAUAUAUACCAGCUUUUCAGAGCCUUGGCCUACAUUCAUUCCCAAGGAAUCUGCCACCGUGACAUCAAGCCACAGAACCUCCUAUUGGACCCGAACACCGGCAUACUAAAGCUUUGCGAUUUCGGAAGCGCAAAAAUCUUGGUUGAGAACGAGCCUAAUGUUUCAUACAUUUGCUCUAGAUAUUACCGAGCGCCCGAGCUCAUCUUCGGCGCCACCAAUUACACAACCAAGAUUGAUGUUUGGUCGACUGGUUGCGUUAUGGCGGAGUUAAUGUUGGGCCAGCCCCUUUUUCCCGGCGAAUCCGGCAUCGAUCAAUUGGUGGAGAUUAUUAAAGUGUUGGGAACUCCUACUCGCGAGCAGAUUCGUACUAUGAACCCGAACUACAUGGAGCAUAAAUUCCCGCAGAUCAAGCCUCAUCCGUUCAGUAAGGUGUUCCGUAAGGCAGACGCAAAUGCUCUAGACUUGAUAGCGAGGUUGCUGGAAUACACACCGACGGAACGUCUGGGUGCUAUCGACGCUAUGGUGCAUCCUUUCUUUGAUGAGCUUCGAGAUCCUAGCACGAAACUCCCGGAUUCCCGGCACUCGAGCGGUCAAUUAAGGGAUUUGCCAAAUCUGUUUGACUUUUCAAGACAUGAAUUAUCCAUCGCACCGCAGCUAAACCAGAAGCUCGUCCCUCCUCAUAUGAAGUCUAUCUUAGCGUCCCGCGGUCUCGAUAUAGAUAAUUUCACGCCCAUGCCAAAGGCAGAAAUGAUGGCCAAGUUAGACUGAAUUACGGUCGC